GGAGUUUGGGUUCAAGAAUCUAACGGUGCACGACAAGACACAUAAACAAAAAUAACAUAGGGAAAGAGAAGAGAAGAACAAGCAAGACAAAAAAAAAGCACAUAUCCUCGGAAAGAAGGCACAGAAGGAACAAGGACAGAAAGGUGGGUUCCCGACACAUUCAUCUGAUCGGCUUGUUAUCGCACUUGAAUGUCUUUCUCUCUUCUGCUUCUUCUUCCUCUCCCCUUCUCCCCACACAAAGCAAAGCCCACACCCACUUUGGGCGGACUUGGGGCUUGGCUGGCCGGCCUAUUCUGGCUGGUUUAUUCUUGUCUAGUCUGGCUCUUGUUCUUCUUGUUGCUCACCUCACUUCACACAAACUCACACUUACACUUACGGACUGAUACUCACUCACACACGCUUGUUGUUAGUUUUAGUCUCCCGCAUUGUCAGAAACCCGAAUUCCCCCUCCCCCCUCUCUUUCUCCUCUCCUCUCCUCCACCUCUUCCUCUCGCUCAUCUUUCCACCCCCUCGCCCCUCCCACCCCCAACGACUAUCGUUCUCCUUUAUCCCGACCGACCUCCUCUUCUGGACGUUCAUCCCUCCUCCCUGCCUUGCUUCAGACCUCUCUUUUUCCCUGUCUGACGCUUCCCGCCUGUCAGCUCCCGCGGAAUUGGUUGGGAAUUGAUUGGCAUUAAGACCGAUGUAACGGAUCGCGUGUGGUUGCCCUUGCUCUCCCAGCACACCUCCCGAAUCCACCCCCCGCGCCUCCAACUCUCCGAAAGGGAGUCAUUCUUCAAGGUUGCCAGUGACCUCCGACCAACCCCUCCCCCCCCAUCCCUCCUACGAUUGAUUGGUG